UCUUUUUCUUUUGUCAAAUUGUAAAAGAAGGGAUAUUAAUCAUACAUUCUUUGGGGGCAUCUCAUAUAUCUACCCUUUUUGAAUGCAAAAAUAAAAACAAGAGGUCUUUCUUUUGCCAAGAAGAAGCGGCCCACUUUGAAAUUCUUAUCCUCUACCCACUAAAUUACAAUAAGAUAGCCCAUUCUAUUUAUCCAAUUCACCCAUUUUCGGAAAGCAUAUUAUAAAUAAUCUACACUUUCCAAAUCACAACCAAGACAUAACACACAAAAAAAAUACAACACCAACAAAAAAAACACAAAAACUAUAGUUUCCUAGACCUUAAGGAUGAUGAGACAUGGUAAUGGAGGAUUGAAGGGAAUACAAAGAGUAGGCUUCUUGUCGUCGUCGUCGUCGCCACCAUCUUCUCGUCGUAUGAUUAAUUUUCCGGUGAAGUGUUUAUCGGACUUUAAUGAUUAUGCUGUUUUGGGUUUAUCUCCUUUUGCUUCCAAGACUGAUGUUAAGUUUGCUUACAAAAGAUUGGCUUUAAAGUAUCAUCCAGAUGUAGUCAAAGGAGAUCAUAUUGCUGAAAAGAAUAAAAUGUUUCGAGACAUUAAAUCUGCAUAUGAGACAUUGAUGAGAAAGUUUGAAGAGGAAGAACAGAUGCAGACAAUGCAAGACUGUGGUGAUUAUGAUGAAUGGGAUGAGUGGAUGGGAUUCGAAGGAGGGAUGCCUGCUACUUAUCAUUCUUGCUAAUUAAAUGUUUUGCAUAAUGCUAAAUAUUUCUCUUUGUUUCAAUUGCUACUACUAAUUACUGUAUCAAUGUAUAUAGUUGUACAUUACUUUCAUUUCCUAAUCAAUAACAAACAAUAAAGCUCAAAACAUGAGAAGAAAAAAAAAAAAAGGCAUGAUAAAAGUUGUAUGGAUUGUUUAUUUGAUGUCGCUUCUUGUGAAUGGUAAACUAUUGAAAUAUGAUAAACAUACAUAAUCA